AUGUUGUCAACAUCCUUACGCCGGGCGGCAUGGACCCCCAUGUCGCUUCCCGGGAUAACUCGCUCGAGUCAAAAUCUCACCAGCAGCUUGCUCGGCGCAACCCGACCUCUGCACCAAUGCCGGUAUUCCUCAUCCUCCAAACCGCCCGUCCCGCCCAGCGAUGGCUCCCGACGAAUGGACACCUCUGCCCCGGCAAAGGGGGUCAACUCGUCUAACGAAAAGAGUAAGGCUAACCGCCGUCGGGGGAAGGACAGCUCUGCCCGAAACGGAUCUUCAAAGUCUAGCCAGCAUGCCGCAUUUUCCAACCUCCCAAGUGUUCCAUCGACACAGCACCGACAGCCACAUGAUGUCCAUGUAGCAUCGUUCUUCUCCAUCCACCGGCCAAUCUCAGUGACGACCACUGUCCCCCCAACCUCGACUACCGAUGCCUUCGAAGCGAUAUUCUCGUCAAAGCGGCCGCUGAAGAACGAACCACAGGACGUCAUCUUUACUCUUUCCUCGGCCGUGCAGUCGAUGGAAACUGGCCCUCAGGGUAUGUCAGAAUCCGAAGACCAGUUCCGAAGCUUCAGCGAACAGGACGGUGAACUACGUAUGCUGGAUGGUCCCGACGCCAAGAUGUCCGUGGAGGAAUUCACCCGUCGUCUUCGCCCAUUCCAGCCUCCUCCCCCGCCCGUCCCCAUGGACAUGUCCACUGCCGAGUCCACCGAUGCUCAGAUCAACAACGAGUACCAGACAUACUCGACCGUACUGACUAUCCGCGAGGCUCGCCACGCGGAUGGCCGCAAGACCUACGAGGCGCACACUGGACCUUUCGUUCGCAGUGGAGAGAUGGAGGACCCAUCUGAUAUGCGCGACGAGAUCUCCAUCGAGGCGCCCUCUGAUUCUGCCCCAGGCAUGACAUACAUGGAGCGUCUGCGCAACAACCACACCAUGCAUGCCAUCAGUACCAUGAGACGGCGCAAGGCUAAGAUGAAGAAGCACAAGUUCAAGAAGCUGAUGAAGAGAACGCGUACCCUGAGACGGAAACUCGACAAGUAG